ACAAAUCCAGGUGAUGACUGAGGGAGAACGCUACAUCAAACAGGCAGCUCGGUCAAGGAGAGACUUCGAGUGUCAGAUUCCAUGCCAUGACAUCCGCCAUCCCGCGUGGCGGUCUUUCCCUGCUGUAAGUGGUCCAUCUGGGAAUCUCGAGCUCUUCCCCACCGCGGCAUCCACCGUCACCAUCUCUCCCCCCGAAUUCGCAGGGCAGCGCUCGAGAGUUUCUGCUCCGGCAGGGUCCGCCUGAGUGUUAAUCGCCCCUCUCCCUACAGAACCCGGCCGUACGCCUUUUCCUCCACUUCUCGUCUUCGCCUACACGCCCCUCGUUUGUCACCCUCUUUUUCACCCCUUCCUUUCGCCCGUUCCGGUCCAUCGCAACGUCACUUCGCCAUGGCUAGCAUCAUCGAAGCCGCAAAGCGUGCCGCCGGUAAGGCUGCCGUCGAGAACCACUACCCCAAGGAUGCCAAGUACGUCGGCAUUGGCAGCGGCUCGACCAUCGUCUACGUGGUAGAGGCGAUCAAGGAGUCCGGGGUAGACACCUCCGGCACCAAAUACAUCCCCACGGGUUUCCAGUCCAAACAGCUCAUCGUCUCCGCGGGCCUGACAGCCGUGGAAUUCGAUGCCAUUCCCGAGGGCACCGUGCUGGAUGUCGCCUUCGACGGAGCCGACGAGGUGGAUGACGAGCUCAACCUGAUCAAGGGCGGUGGGGCCUGUCUGUUCCAGGAGAAGAUUGUGGCUCUCCAGGCCAAGGAGUUCAUCUGCGUGGCUGACUCCCGCAAACUCCAGUCCCGCCUUCUCUCCAACUGGAAAUACAUCCCCAUCGAAGUUGCGCCUAUUGCGGCCGCUCGGGUCCUGACUGCGCUCCGGGAAAUUGGCAGCGUGGAUCCCGCCGUCCGCCUGAACGCAGACGUCAAGCAAGGGCCGUUGAAGACCGACCAGUCUUUUUUCAUUGUCGACGCCCCAUUCCCGACUCUCCUUACGCAGGCAGACGUGGCCGCCGGAAAGGACGGCAGUGGGAAGGAGGGCGUCUGGGAGGUGCACGCGCUCUCCGAGGCGAUCAAACAGAUCCCCGGUGUCUUGGACGUUGGUAUCUUCUCCGGGCUGACUGGUCCUCAGGCCCAGGCCGCUGGCGGAGUUGGAGGUCAGAAGCCGAUUGCGGCCUACUUCGGUAUGCCCGACGGCUCCGUGUCUGUUAGAAAGGCAGCUGCUUGA